UGCAAGUUGGGAGCUACAAGCCUACAACUUUCUCUCUCUCUUUCUCAGAACCAAUCUUUCUUCUCAUAAUUCAGUGACGAAAUCGAUUGAUGGGCAUCUCUCAAGUUCUGUUGUUCAUUCGAACCGCAACUUCGCUUCAGAUAUUUUUGUGUCGAGAAGAUUUGGGUCAAUCUUCUUCUUCUUCUUCUUCUUCUUCUUCUUCUUCUUCUUCUUCAGUGUUCACUCCCACACAGGACAUCUGGAGGUUUUGAACAGGAGUUCAAAUAGCUGAGAGUGACACAUGGGAUUGGGGCUAAUCUUUCUUGAUAAAGAUUCAAUCCUUAAGGUAAAAACAGUAGACUUGAGAUGGAAUCACAACUGGGUUUGAUUGAGCAGUCCUUUAAUGUAAGAUACUCGAGUUUGGUUAGAGAUGCCCUUGAUAGCUUGCCUGAUAGUUUCACCAUAACUGAUCCUUCAAUUUCUGGCAAUCCAAUUGUGUAUGCAUCUGCUGGGUUCUUGAAACUGUUUGGUUAUUCCAAGGAUGAGGUGAUUGGUAGGAAUGGGAGGGCAUUUCAGGGCCCUAAGACCGACCGGAGGUCAGUUUUGGAAAUUCGAGAGGCGAUACGAGAGGAGAGGGCAAUUCAAAUCAGUUUGUUGAACUAUAGGAAGGAUGGGACACCAUUUUGGAUGGUGUUUCACAUGUCUCCUGUGUUCAGUGAGGAUGGGAGGGUUAUUCAUUUUCUGGCAGUCCAAGUUCCUAUUUUGAAGAGGCAGAGAAGGGUAUCUGGUUGUGGGGAAGGGAGGAAUGGAAUAAAUUUGUGUCAAAACGGGGCGGGGUUUAGGGAGCCUGUGUUCAGGUGUUGUAGGCGAGACGUUUGCUUGAAUUCUGCUUCUCAACCGGGACCUGCAUUAUCUCAAUAUUCAGUUCCUGAAUUGGAUUAUCCCGAACCGGAGCUUGAUGAUCCCUGUGAGGCAAGUGAUUUAGAGAAGAGAAAAGCCACAGCCGCUCUUAACAACAUAUUGUCUGUUCUUAUGAACUAUACUGAGUUGACUGGCAGAUUGGUGUCUGGAAAGAGAUGCUCCCCACCCAGGGCGGGUAUUCUUGGUGCAUCGUUAACAUUAUCUCUUGGUAGAAUCAAACAAAGCUUUGUACUAACUGAUCCCCACAUACCUGACAUGCCAAUCGUGUAUGCAAGUGAUGCCUUCUUAAGAUUGACAGUAGGCUACAGUAGAGAUGAAGUAUUGGGUCGCAACUGUAGAUUUUUAAGUGGCCUUGAUACUGAUUCACUCACUCAAUUUCAGAUAAAAGAAUGCAUUCGAACAGAACAAAUAUGCACAGUACGUAUCUUAAAUUACAGAAAAGAUAGGACACCGUUUUGGAAUUUCCUGCAUAUUUCACCUGUUCGGAAUGCUACAGGCAAGGUUGCAUACUUUGUUGGCGUUCAAAUAGAAGAUGCGGGCAAUACCCAAGAGAAACAUGGAUUGAGACCUGACAGGAGCCAGUUCGGGACUGUGGCUGCUGUCAGGGUUGCCGUGAGAGGCUCCUCGAUGAGUGCCAGCAGUUCGUAGUUAUAAUACAACGUUGUAACUGCUUUGUUCUUUAAGGUAUUAAUCAUGGUUGUUCGAUAUAUUAGGAUUGGACCUUUCCUAAGUGCACAUUCUUUGUAGAUUUUGUGUGAUGUGGUGUUUGAAUAAAAUUAUGAAUGAUGCUUUGUUGGUCCAA